UAUUUUUAAUGAUAAUUUAUUCACAGUGAUUUUCCACCCAAAAUCCAUCAAUGGAAUUCGAAAAAGGGGAGGAAAAUUUCUUUCAAACGGCAUCACAAUCAGACUCUGAAAACAGUUCAGAUGAUUCGGACGAGGACCCAACUUAUAGUACUAUUGAAGAAACUCAGACCAAGUUUUCCAACCUUUCAAUCAAGAAGAAAACCAAGGCUCGUACUUGUGAUGAUAUUGAUCUACCUAACGAAGAAGACUCCAAUGGGAGUGAUAUCGACCCUUCAGAACUUGACCAAAAAGAUGCGAAAAGCUUGGAGGAAAUCCAAAGAAAGAUUGGAGCGGGGCAGCUAGAGAAGUUGAAAGUUGACCAAUGUAAGGUUUAUCUGAGGAAUAAUGGGUUGAGACUGACAGGGAACAAAAGCACACUCCUUCAGCGCAUUAAAGAGCAUCUUGAGAUUUUGAAUGGUGAAGGGGACAAGAAGUAUCCAGUAUCUAGUUUUGUAUUGAAUUGUAAAGGUGAUGCAUGCACUGGCGAUGUAGUUUUGUUUGAACAAAAUGUUUAUGACAUGUUCAAUGUAGCUUCACGGAGAGCCACUGGCCCUCCUUGUGGCACAAGAAUGGUAGCUGGUCGUAUUGUGAAAGAGAGCUAUGGUGCUGCAAAGCAACAACAUACAUUUACAAUUGAAGUACUAUGGAGCAAAGGGGAGAAACCACUCCCCCCACUUCAUCCCCUCCUAAUCAAGGGACGGAAUCUUUACCGAUUGAAAACUUUGAGACAGAAAUGGGAAAAUGAAGAGAAGAGGCAAAAGAUUUUGAUGGAGAAGCACUCAAGGGGAUCUCUUGCUAGAUCUGAUAGAGAAGCACGAAUUCAUGAGAAGAAAAAUAGAAAAAUGCGAAAUGGAAAUAGGAUUUCAAAAAAGGGGGCAGGUAGAAACCAGCCUCCUCAACUUAACUCAACCUUGAUACCAAAGGCCACAAUUCAACGCCAGAAUUUUGUUUCGUCUGUCAGUUUAGAAAACAAAGAAAAAGUACUGAUAAAAUGGCCCACUGAUUCUGGGAAACCUGCAGCAGCUACUAAAGCUCAAGAAACAAGUUUAACUGCUAAUUUCAUAAAACUUGCAAUUCAGCCUCUGGUCUCAAUUGCUGGUUGUGACAAAGGGACAACUCCAAGUCUGUUAGUAAAAAAUAAAAGACAAGAUCAGCUCAUCCACAUCAACUCAAGUAGAAACCAGCCUCAACUUAACUCAACCUUGGUACCAAAACCUGCAAUUCAACAACAGAAAUUUGUUUCGUCUACCAAUUCAGAAAACUCCAAAGAGUACUUGAGGUUGUCCACUGAUUCUGGGAAACCUGCAGCAGCUACUAAAGUUCAAGAUACAAGUUCAACCAAUUGUAGAAAACUUUCAACAAAUCCAAGUCUGUUUCUGAAAAAUAGAAGACAAGAUAAGCAUGUCUCUAUUAGCCACCAUGCCUCCCAGAAUUUGGUUGGGAAUAUCAAUUCAAGUAAUCAAGAAAGAACAUAUUAUGACAUUCAUGAUGUUCGGCAUGUUAGUGAUCGACAUCAUGUACAUAGUGAAGGAUCUAACUCCUAUUUGGAUUACUGUCGGCCUCCCACAUAUGCAUGCUCAAAUAUGAAUCAGACAAAGGAACUUCUGAACAGGGGUAAUCACAGACAGCCAUUAACAAGCAUGGAAAACCAUCUUAUCAUGAGUCCAUCAAGGGGACAAAACAGAACUGAUAACCAUUGUUCCAUGAGUUCAUCAAGGAGACAAAACGAAUCGGAUAACCAUCUUCCCAUGAGUCCAUCAAGGUUACAAAAUGGAAUGGAGAAAUAUCAUCCCAUGAGGCCGUCAAGGAGGCAAAAUGGAAUGCAACAAAAGCUAUGCCGGUAUUAUGCUCAAGGCAGGUGCUAUUAUGGAGAUACCUGUACAUUCUCUCAUGAUAUGAGAGAGGAUUUUGGUCAAAGGAGGGAAGAGAGGUGGCCAUGUGACCGGAGGGAGUUCCAGGAAUGGUCCCAUGACCCAAGGGAGUUCGAGAGAUGGGCAUAGAACAAUGUUUUGUUGUUUUAUAAGGUCCCCCAUAUCCAGAAACAAGCUUCUGGUGAUUUUUAACUAAGGAAACGAUUUUGGUUUUUCUUUAAAUUUGGAGUAUGGGAAUCAUAUUUUGAUUAGUGCCUUGAAGUCAGAUUCAAACGAGGCAUCUUAUUGUAAUUUUCUCUACAUAUGAUGGGAUGGAGGGAACAAUAUGGUGGGUUCAUGUAAAUUAUUUUUCAUAAUAUUCAAUUUAUUGAAAUUGGUC